CCCCGGGAUGGCGGACUCCUGCCAGAACCUCACCUACGUGCGGGGCUCCGUGGGCCCGGCCACGAGCACCCUGAUGUUCCUGGCGGGCGUGGUGGGCAACGGACUGGCCCUGUGCAUCCUGGGGGCGCGGCGGCGGGCCCGGCCGUCGGCCUUUGCGGUGCUGGUCACCGGGCUGGCGGGCACCGACCUCCUGGGCACGUGCUUCCUGAGCCCCGCGGUGUUCGUGGCCUACGGGCGCAACAGCUCGCUGCUGGGCCUGGCCCGGGGCGGCCCCGCACUCUGCAACGCCUUCGCCUUCGCCAUGACUUUCUUCGGCCUGGCUUCCACGCUCAUCCUGUGCGCCAUGGCCGUGGAGCGCUGCCUGGCGCUCAGCCACCCCUACCUCUACGCGCAGCUGGACGGGCCGCGCUGCGCCCGCCUGGCGCUGCCCACCAUCUACGCCUUCUGCGCGCUCUUUUGCGCGCUGCCCCUGCUGGGCCUGGGCCGCCACCAGCAGUAUUGCCCAGGCAGCUGGUGCUUCAUCCGCAUGCGCUCCACCGAGCCCGGAGGCUGCGCCUUUUCCCUGGCCUACGCCAGCCUCAUGGCCUUGCUGGUGGCUGCCAUCUUCAUCUGCAACGGCUCCGUUACCCUCAGUCUCUGCCGCAUGCACCGCCAGCAGAGGCGACACCUGGGCUCCCUGGUGCCCGGGCCCCGCAAGAGCGAGGACGAGGUGGACUACCUGAUCCUGCUGGCCCUUAUCACGGGCGUCAUGGCCGUGUGCUCCCUGCCACUCACGGUUCGCGGCUUCACCCAGGCCAUCGCCCCGGACAGCAGCGAGAUGGGGGACCUGCUCGCCUUCCGCUUCACAGCCUUCAACCCCAUCCUGGACCCCUGGGUCUUCAUCCUCUUCCGCAAGGCCGUUUUCCAGCGCCUCCGGCUCUGGCUGUGCUGCCUGGCUCCCCCAGAUCCCCGCAGAAACUUGCAGACACCCCUUGCCCCACUGAACUCGCAGAAGAAGGACUCAAGGUGCCUCCCUUCUCUGGGGGGCAAGGAGGGGAGCUGGACCACACCAGCAGCCUGGAGUGGCGCAGCCCAGCAGGCACUGCUGUUCUCAGCCAAGUUCAGAGAGGGCAGCCACCUGGCCCUGGUCCCACACAGCGAGGAGCUGCAGCAGGCUUAUCUGCCCAUCGGCCUAGGCUCGCCUUCUCUGCAGCUCGUGUGGACGAAGCCGAGCGUGGAAGCCAGGUCCUGUCCCUGUCCCCGGUGGGUGGGUCCCAGCCGCAGGGAGCUGGCUCCAGCAGGACACAACGGGGACGAAGCCAAGUCAGAAGAGCUGGAGGAGGCCACGGCCGCCGAACGGCCACAGGGCAGUACCCCCAGCACCUCAUGGCAGAGAGCCAAUCGCAGGUGCUUCCAGAGGGGGUUGGCCAAGGGUCUGGGCGCCGCCCACGCCAUCAGCCCUGUUGAGGCAGCCCCUCAACCGCUGAGACCCCUGGCCUUGAGCCCGUCCUGGAUCACAUCCACCCUGCUUCCUCGGUCCCCCCUUCUCUGUGCUCCCGGAGGGCCUCGUCUGGCACCCCCGGGCUGGCAGGGGCUGGUAGGCUUUGCACAUGACACGCAGGGCGGGGCCAUGCGACAGCGCAGGGCAUGCUCUUCUGCCUGGGCAAGGGCCACGCUGUCCCUGAGGUCCUGGGACAGGGCCGGCAGCCACCCCAGCACCCAAAAGAUGACGCACGAAAGGGAACAAACCAAAACGGAGGAGAGCCCCCCACCCCGGGCUGCAGGAGGAGGGCGGAAGCUCCCUUAA